AUUACACCGUACAAAAACAAUUUUUAAGUAUAUUUUCUUCAUUAAUCGUCUGAUAUCGCCUACAACGAACUCCCGAACCAACACAUUUAGAAAGUAUUUUUCUCGGUAUGAAAAUUCCAAACCCCCAUUCAAGUGCAUGUAAAUCUGCAAAUAACAACUUCCAUGUUCCUCUUCCUCAUCAAGUAAUAUGACCGCCAUAGUCACUUCUAGAGUGACCUAACUCCACUCUAUCGCAGUAUGGGGAUAAGCCGCAUUAAGAUAGAAAACAAAUGACCAAUUAGUGUAUUAGGUGGGCGAUUUCCCCAACCACAAAUAGGGCCGCAAAUGAGCCGAGCUGUUCGCGAGCGGCUCGACGCUCGACUCGGGAAAAGCUCGUUUGAAACUCGGCUCAUUUACUAAUGAGACGAGCUUGAGCUUAGCCUUCUGCAGCUCGUGGAGCUCGCGAGCUAGCUCGACUCGGUGGCUUGUUGAGCUCAACUCGUGAGCUGGCUCGUUAAGAGUUCAUGAGAUGUCUCAACUCUCAAGAUUGUGGCUAGAGAGCCAACUCGAUUACCGAGUUAUGAGCGAAUCGAUCUAUAUGAGUUUGAUUUUGAUAAUUCAUAGGAUUGUUAAAUUAUAUAUCUCACUCUAUAUGAAGUUUAACACGUAGAUUAUGUGAGCAAAUAUGUUUUAUUUAAUUUUAAAAAACAAUUAUGUAUCAUAGAUUGCUUUGAUAAUGUGAAAUAACAUAAUUUUCACAAAUUAAAAUUGAUCAACUAAAUAAUUUUAUACCACAAAGUAUAACAUAAAAUUAGUUAAUAUUGAACACUUAACUAUUAUUAUUAUUUUCUUCAUCUUGGCAUUAAUCACAUAAUCAUGUAUUACAUACAAAACGAAUAUAUCAAAUAUGAGUCAAGAUUUUAUUAAGCAAGCUUGCUCGCAACUCGACUCGACUCGGCUCAUUAAUAAACGAGCCGAGCUGCUAUCUCGUACGUGCAGUGCGCAAUCGGGCGUUUGUGAUUAGGACUGCAAAUGAGCCGAGUCGAGUUUUCCUCAAUUUGGGCUCGGCUCAUUAACAAAUGAGUCGAGUUAACUCGACUCGGCUAAUUUGCCGCCUUAACCACAAACUCCCACUGCACGCACGAGAUCGAAAUCUGCACGGUAAUGGAACGAGACCCGCUUUGUUGCUUUCUGCUGUCCCAAUCCCAUUCGUCGCCAUUGCCACAUUAUCCAUUAACCACUCUCCCAAAAUAAUCCUAUCUAUUCACGUCUCCAGUCUCUGCCUUUCUUCAUUCAUGGCAGCCAUUCCAAUCCCUUCCCUUCAAUCCUUCGACCAAUAAAUUUCAACUUCAAUUCCCCUUUCCCUCCCAAAUCCAUUUCUUCCCCCAAUUGGGUUCCUGUCAGAUCGCCUUCCGAGCAACUGUACUCGUUCGUUGCUGUCGACGAACAGGGUGGAAUCUCUCUGCACAAUUAAUGGCGGAAGGAGCAUAGUUUGUACUUUGUCGCCAUUCUCUCACUUUCCACUUUGUUGGGUUGUUCCCCUUCUUCUCCGCCUAGAAGAAAAAAGAAAGAACAGGAAUUUGGGGAGAAAAAGGGUGGAAAUUGGGAAAAGGAUGAGUUGCUCUGUUUAUCUGGGUUGUUGUUGGGUACACACAUCUUCGACCUUCUUCACCAGAUCCAGAUCCAAAUCCCUGACUCCUCCGUCCUUCAAAACCCUCUCUUUCCCCAUCGAUUACUCGAUUCCGCCGCCACGGCGGCGGCGCAUCUCCUCCACCGCGUCCGCCGUUCUCACCAGGGAAGAUAAGGAAAAACCGUCGUCCCUCCACGAGGAAUCCGAUCCGAAACCCACCUUCGAUUUCAAGGCCUACAUGGUGCAGAAGGCGAAUUCGGUGAACCAGGCGCUCGACGCCUCCGUCCCGCUAAAAGAGCCGGCGAAAAUCCACGACUCGAUGCGGUACUCCCUCCUCGCCGGCGGGAAGCGGGUGAGGCCGAUGCUCUGCCUCGCCGCCUGCGAAUUGGUCGGGGGGAACGAAUCCAUGGCCAUGCCCGCCGCCUGCGCCGUGGAGAUGAUCCACACCAUGUCCCUAAUCCACGACGAUCUCCCCUGUAUGGACAACGACGACCUCCGCCGCGGGAAACCCACAAACCACAUCGUGUACGGCGAGAGCGUCGCCGUUCUCGCAGGGGACGCCCUCCUCGCCUUCGCAUUCGAGCACAUCGCCGUCGCCACGCCGACGAACGUCCACCCGUCACGAAUCGUGAGGGCGAUUGGGGAGCUGGCGAAUGUGAUUGGCGGGGAAGGUCUGGUUGCAGGCCAGGUGCUCGACAUAAGUUCCGAGAGAAAUUCCGAGGUGGGUCUGAAAGAACUGGAGUUCAUCCACGUCCACAAGACGGCCAAGCUGCUCGAGGGCUCGGUGGUUCUGGGCGCGAUCCUCGGCGGCGGGAGCGACGGCGAGGUGGAGAGGCUGCGGCGGUACGCCAGAGACAUCGGGCUGCUGUUUCAGGUGGUGGAUGACAUACUCGACGUGACGAAAUCGUCGCAGGAGUUGGGGAAGACGGCAGGGAAGGACCUGGUGGCGGAUAAGGUGACUUAUCCGAAGCUGAUGGGGAUCGAGAAAUCGAGGGAGUUCGCGGAGAAGUUGAAUGAUGAAGCUAAAGAGCAGCUGGUUGGGUUUGAUCCGGUGAAGGCUGCGCCUUUGAUUGCUUUGGCUAACUACAUUGCUUAUAGGCAGAAUUGAGGAUCCAGAUUGUGGUCUUUGAUGUGGGAUUUUGUUGUAAUAGAAUUGAGAAUCCAGAUUUAGGAAGAGCAAGAGGGGGAUUUGGGGAAAUUGCUGGCAUUGUGUAGUGUUAUGGAGAUUGUUAUAUAGAGCAGUUGAUCGAGUGAACUUGGCUCAUGGAUUGUAGCAGAUUUUAGUGCAGAGAGGAAUGACAGCCACAGAUUAUAUGAAUUAUGCUUAGGUCCUUAAUGGAUGUGGAAGGCUGCAGUUUUAGUUUGAUGGGCUGGUGUUCUUUCUGGAUGAAGUGAUCUGGUUUGUUACAGACCAUGACUCAAUGAGUGGCAGAUGCUGUGCUUGAGAAGCCAUAGCUAGGUAAAAGGAAAGGAAACAAGGGAGAAAGAAAUAGAAACAGGGGAGGGAACAUAUAGAACUGGAAAACAUAAAAAAAAGCGCCGUUGCCGGGGAUCGAACCCGGGUCACCCGCGUGACAGGCGGGAAUACUUACCACUAUACUACAACGACAUUGUUGUUCUCGAUCUGCAGUUUUACAUUUUGUCAAGUAUGUGGAUGAUCCAAGAGUAAAUUUACUUUAUUAGACAGUAGUACAUCUAACGCUAAUAACAAAAGACAAAUAGCUGUUAGCAUUCAGAUUGACAAGAAAAGCACAUUAUGAGUGUCAUUAUAUGUAGUGAAGUUUUCUUUAAUAAUAUCACCAUGACGCAUUAUCAAUGUGAGAAAUUAAAUUAUUAAUAACUCAGACAAAAGAUGGAUCAAUAAUUUGAGCACCAAGCAGUUGGACAAACCGAAUGGCGGUGGCCUUCAUCGGCGGACUGAUUGAGCGGGAACAAUGCAACAUAAUACACGUGUAGGUUUAGCGAGCCACUCAUAUACUAGCCAUCUCGAGGCUAUGGAUUAAUGCUAUAACUUCAAACUAAUCCUGCAUUGAUGAAGUUCUUUUUAUGAAACAAAUAUCCUCCUCUUCUAUGAUAUCAGCUAUAAAAGUAGAAGGUGAAA